GCUUCGAGUACUUGUGGUAGUUUCCAGUCAGUAAUAAAAAAGUUGAAAUAUAACGAGGACAUUUGACACAUGAAUCAUGCUCAGAGACAAGAAAAAUCCCCUUUCUGUUCUGGCAAGAAAGACUUCAGUUAUUACAGAUGAAGAAAACUUCCUAAGGCAAGUUGAAGAUCAAAAUACUGAAGGAAUCCGAUAUUUUCUAGAGAACAAUCCAAAUCUGUCGAUCAACUGUCGCAACUUCCGAGGCGAGCAUGCUUUGGAAAUUGCCAUUCGAGUACACGACGAGGAGCUUGUUUAUGAACUUCUGAAAUUGUCUGAAAUUAGGACAGAACCGAUUCAUUACACCCAUCGAUAUGCUGCCAUCUUGCGGGCUGUGCUGGAGGAUGAAGAAGAUAUACUCGAAACUCUGUUGGACAGUUUACCGGAAUCGGAGAAGAAAAUCCUACCUCAUCCAGAGGACGUCACAAGUAACUUAACUCCUACUAUGGCAGCUGCUAUUAGUGGAAAUUAUAGAAUAACACGUUUGCUCUUGGAUCGGUCAUAUUUCAUAGAAGAACCACGGCAGCAAGCAUGUGACUGUCCACGUUUUAUCUGUACAAAAAACCACACGUAUGUUGAGACAUUACGAGAUUCCAUUACCCGUAAGAACACUUAUCAUGCUCUUGGAAGCCCAGUGUACAUUAUUUUAACUUCUAGUGAUCCCAUUCUGAAGGCCUUUCAACUUAGUACUAAACUACAAAAACUGGCGUCUGAUCUUCCUGAACACAAGAACGAAUACAAAGACCUCUCCCAUAACUGUUCCAAUUUCGCAGCAGAUUUACUAGACCAGUGUAGAGACACGAACGAGGUUGAAAUUCUUUUAAACCAAAAGGCGGGAUGCAUUGAUGAAAGGUCACACCGAUUUCCACGCUUAAAUCUUGCAAUACACUUGGGCCAGAGAGAGUUUGUGGCACAUCCCCACUGUCAACAAGUUAUACGCUCACUUUGGGUAGCUGAGUUACCUGAUUGGCGGAGUUGGUCGUACAAACGAAGGACAAUUCAUGUUCUCACGCAUGCUCUGUUAGCUCCCGUCAUGAUUUUAAUUUAUGUUUUAUUUCCGACAGGCUGUUUCUCCCAACACAUCCAAGUUCCAUUAAACCGCUUCAUCUAUUCGGCCGUUUCCUAUACAUUGUUCUUGACAUUUUUGUUUGUUUCAUUAUAUAACGAUAAGCACGAUCUUUACCACCCAGUGACGUGGUCAGAAGCAGCUGUAGGUUUGUGGGUUUUAGGUUAUUCACUGCAACUAAUCUCCGAUAUGUAUUAUCAAGGAAUCGUAUUUUUUCGAUCAUUCUGGUCGAUCUACGAUCUUCUGACUGUCAGUCUAUUCGUGGUUGCCGAAUCAAUUUGGCUAGUGUUAUACAUUAUGUCAAAAGUCAGUCAAACUUCCGUGUAUUUAAGUCGUGAAGAUUGGGGUUCGUUCCACCCUUUUCUUAUCGCGGAAGGAUUCUACGCACUCGGGUCACUUUUAGCUUUCUGCCGUCUUCUGCUUUGGUACCAUAUCAACUCCAAACUCGGACCUUUAGGUGUGUCCUUACGGUAUAUGAUCUCUGAUGUUUUAAGAUUUCUGUUGAUCGUGCUAAUCAUAUUAUUUGCAUUUGCAACUGCUAUUAACUCCAUCUACAAAAACUACAAUGACCUCGGAGAGAAGAAAACACCAAACGAUGCAUUCGUAACCAUCCAGAAGACUUUGAAAACGAUGUUCUGGGCAAUAUUUGGAAAUGCUGAAAGCACAGCAGCUGAUAUAGUGAUUUCUGGGAACCACACAUCAGCAAACCACAGCUUCACCGAAGGAGUUGGCUACAUUCUGUGGGGCUUCUACCAUGUAAUUAUUGUCAUCAUCCUGCUAAACAUGCUCAUAGCCAUGAUGGCCAAUAGCUUCCAGAGAAUUCAGAAUAACUCUGAUAUGGAAUGGAAAUUUGCAAGAUCUGCCUUAUGGUUGAAUUUCUUUGACCAUAGGAGUUAUGUGCCUCCUCCAUUAAACCUGCUUCCAUCUUCUCGUACCUUAGUGAAGGCUUGGAAACAUUUCGCUAACUGUUUGCAUAGGAAGAAUGAGAAAAUCAGU